AAUAAUGUUUUUAUAAUUUUUUCUUAUUGCCAUGGUAGUCUCAUUUUGUGUCAGCACUUAACAGUUCUUUUUGUUAACUCAAAAUCAUUGUCAUCAAUCAAAAUUGAAGACAUGCCAGUGGAUGAUCCUUCUUUGAGCAUUCUUGUGGCCAAUAAUAGUGAUACUCUAAGACGCCUAAAAAUGAGUAGCUGUCCUCAUGUUUCAUCUGAUGGAAUCCUUUGUGUAGCUGAUCAUUGUCAAGGUCUUAGAGAACUGGCAUUGAAUUAUUACAUGCUAAGUGAUGAACUUCUCCUGGCGCUUUCAAAUGAGACUCACGUUAACCUUGAGCAUCUUCGAAUAGAUGUUGUGAGUGAAAAUCCUGGACAGAUUGAAUUUCAUUCUAUUAAAAGACAAAGUUGGGAUGCACUUACUAAACACUCCCCUGGAGUGAAUGUUGUUAUGUACUUCUUUUUAUAUGAAGAGGAAAUGGAGACGUUCUUCAAAGAAGAAACCCCUGUUACUCAUCUUUAUUUUGGUCGUUCAGUCAGCAAAGAGAUUCUAGGACGGCUAGGUCUUAACUGUCCCCGACUGAUAGAGUUAGUUGUAUGUGCUAAUGGUCUUCAGGUCAUUGAUAAUGAACUUAUUUGUAUUGCUGAACACUGUAAAAACUUAACAGCCUUGGGCCUCAGUGAAUGUGAAGUUAGCUGCAGUGCAUUCAUUGAGUUUGUGAGACUGUGUGGGAGAAAGCUAACCCACCUCUCUAUCAUGGAGGAAGUUUUGAUACCUGAUGAUGUUUAUAGCCUAGAUGAAAUUCACACUGAGGUCUCCAAAUACCUGGGAAGAAUAUGGUUUCCUGAUGUCAUGCCUCUCUGGUAAUUGACUACUAAACCAAAGAUUAUUAACUUUUUUUAAAAAAUCUGUAAGAUUAGCUUCUUUCUGUCUAUGCAAAUGUAAAUUUUAAGAUGCAUUGCUGAAAUGUGUUAGGUGAAAUCUUGUAUUGUUUACAAACUGUAUAAAUGGAUUAUAGCAGAAGCAUUUGAGAAACUAUGAGAGACUUGAAAAGACAGAAAUCAUAGAUAGAACACAGACUGUAUGGUGGGUUAGAUAGUUGAUAGAAACAGUCAGUUUCUAGGAAAGUUCCUCAGCCUUCCUUGAAGGCGUAUUUUGACUUGCUGAAUAAAUUUGUAAUAUUGAGCUUUGGAUCCCUUAAAUUAUGUCACUUACAAUUUUAUAUUGUUGAUUGUUUCUGUUUCAUCUUGGCAUUAAUACACUUUACAAAAUAUUUGGUAUUAGAAACUAAGAGUACACUCAAAGUAGACAUACAGAGGCUGGCUUAAUUGUACUCUUUUUUUAGCAGUAUAUAAGAUCAUGUUAUGAUUCAAUAAAUAACUUGUAAUUUCUAGUGCAUUUCGAAUUCUACUUUGUUGUAUUAACUUGUGAGAAAAUGGGCAUUAGAUUAACAUUAAGAAAGUGAAGUCUCUCCGUCGUGUCCAACUCUUUGCGACCCGAUGGACUGUAGCCCACCAGGCUCCUCCAUCCAUGGGAUUCUCCAGGCAAGAAUACUGGAGUGGGUUGCCAUUUCCUUCUCCAACAUUAGCAUUAAAUAACCCUAAUUCAUUUUAUAAAGAUCCUGUGAUUGUAAUUGGUUAAAUACACUACUGAGAUAAAAAGUAAAUUUUUUAGAGGGUGUUUGUGAGGGAAUCAAUGUUUACUGGAUAUAUUUACUGUGUAUCUGAAACUAAACCAGAUCCUUUGCAGAAGUGGUUGUUUAGUUAGUAACACAACCGAAACUCUUCAAUGGCUACGGUUUAUUGCCUUUAAGAUGAAUAUGUGUCCUUAAAAUGACCCAUAAGACCCUCCAGGUUCUGGCUUCUGGCUUCUCCCUGCUUCUGUGACCUUGUUUCCUCCCACCAGGUGCCCUUGGCCCUGCUGUUCUCAUCCUCUUUCAGUUCCUUAAAACUGCCGUGCACCCCCUAGUCAGAGCGCAUUUGUACAUAUUCUGGGCAGCUUUUAAAGUCAUAUGUUAUUGUUAAUAUGCUCUGAGUGUGAUAAAUGUUGUCACAAGAAUGUAGUAACUCUUCCCUGUCCAGCUCUGGCUUCUUAAAUUGACCACUUAUCUUAUUCUUUCAUUAAAUUACUUACUUUCAGAAAACUAAAAACAUUUUCUAAAUAAAGAUGGAUUUUAUAGUUAUUUAAG